AUGGCAAAGUCCGAGGCGGACACCCUGGCGUUUCUCGUCUGUCGUCAAGGGUUCCUGUUACACGUGCCCCUCGAUCCUUGGUCGACCCUUAUCUACUCGAGGGAUUCCGACUGGAUUUUGAACCUUCCGCCCGAGUUCUGCCAUCGUCGCAUCCUCGUCGACAUGUCGAUUCCUGACUCGACCCAAAACCCGGCCAACAAGCUCAGGAUAGCUCCUCGACGGGCCUCGGCGCGGCCACAAUGCUCGUUGCUCUGCCUCAUUGAUACCAUGGUGCUCGGAUGGGACGGCGAAGAACUCAUCAUCGCCGGGAUCCUCGCGGGUGGAGAUUACAUCCCCGGCGGUCUGCCGUCCGUCGCGUUCAAUAAAGCGUUCGAUACGUACAAAGAAUGCCUCUCACGCAAAUUUUGGGAGGGACAAGAACUUGGCGUUGUCCUCGGGCGCUUCCGAGCCAUCAAGAAAGUCGAAAAGUUGAGCGAUACGUUCGUCAAAGCGAUCGAAGAACUUCGAAACAACAUGCCGGCGAUCUUUGCGCUACUGGAGAUGGACGAAGGCGAUCCUCAGCGCUGUGCUCCGAGUCGGGACAUCACUGUGGGCGCCAGCCUUGCUGUGACUGUGGGCCGGAAAUCCUGCCUUAGGAGCGCCGUCGAACAAGCAGGUUGGCCGCCACGUAUGAUCGGGGCUCGAGAGCAAGCGGUACUGCCAUGA